AACUGAUUUGACACAUUAGUGAUUUUAUUGUGGUGUUAUAGACUUUUAGUUGUAUAAAAAUGUCUGAUUUUGUGUCAAAUAAUCAUCGUUUGCAGGAAGUGUUACUUUUUUUAUUUCAUUCAAAGAAAACGGCAGAUGAAGUGCAUCAAGUUUAAAAAAGUUUAUAGAAAUGCUCUAUGUGAAACAACAUGCUAUGAUUGAUUCUGUCGCUUUAAAAACAGUAAUUUUGAUGUUGACAACUGUCAAAGUUGUGAAGGAAGGCUAAAACAUUUGAAGACACUGAAUUGAAAGAAUUGCUCAAUGAGGAUUCAUGCCAAACACAGGAAUACUUUGCUGGUAAUACCUUCCAGGUGAUUUCCAAGCAACUGCAUGUGUUGGGAAUGUUUCAAAAGCAAUGGGAUUCUUAUGAUUCGAAUCCAAGGAAUGUCAAGUGUAAUUUUUUCGACUGUAAACAACUGCUCUAGCAGCAAAUAAGGAAAGGGUUUCUUCAUCGCAUUAUUACAGGUAAUGAAAAGUAGAUGCAUUACAGCAACCCAAAGAAAGAAAGUCAUGGAAACUGCCAAGUCAUGCUUCCAUUGUCAGUUUACCCGAGCAGAGAUAAAGUGAUUCUACUGCAUGACAAUGUUUAGUCUCAUGUUUCCAACACCGUUAAAACCUACAUGGAAAUGCUUAAAUGGGAAGCCUUACCUUACCUGCCAUGUUAUCCAGAUAUUAUGCCGUUCAAUUAUUACAUGUUCUAUUUAAUGUGCGUGGUCUAGCUGAUCAGCAGUCCACUCAUAUGAAGACAUUGAAAAUUGGCUUCAUUCAUGGAUAGUCUCAAAAAAUGAACAUUUUUAUCGUAACAGUAUUUAGAGCUCUGCCAGAAAGAUGGGAAAAAGUUGAAGUUAUUAAUGGGCAAUACUUUGAGUGAUUUAUAUAUUACAAGAUCAUUAAUUAAAGAGACAGAUACUUUAUUUGGAGUGCAAAUUGAUGAAAACGGUAGCCAUAUGUAUAAGCUGUUGUGUGAUAUUUCUCAAAUCAAACCAAACUAUGAAGCUAUGAUUAAAGGAGGUCAUUUAAAAGUUACUGAAACUGGAAUACAACCUGCUAUAACAAGUGGUCUCAAAGGUCGUGGAGCUAAACGUAAAACAGUAAGUGAUGGAAUUAAUGGUCCAGGAAGUGGAAAAAAAGGAAGAAGUGCUGGAGAUCAGUCAAACAUUAAAUUACCUGCUCAUGGAUAUCCAUUAGAACAUCCUUUUAAUAAAGAUGGUUAUAAAUAUAUUUUAGCAGAACCUGAUCCCCAUGCACCUUUUAGACAAGAAUUUGAUGAAUCAAAUGAAUCUGCUGGAAAGUUAAUACCAGGUUGGUUAUAUCGACCACUUUGCCCAAAUCAAGUUCUGUUAGCAUUACAUGACCGAGCACCACAACUUCAUGUUUCCGAAGAUAGAUUAUCAGUAACUGGUGAAAAGGGUUAUUGUAUGAUUCGAGCAACACACUAUGUAAACAAUGGAAAUUGGUAUUGGGAGAUGACUGUCAAUGAAAUGCCUGAAAAUUCAGCUUGUCGUAUAGGAUGGAGCCAAGAGUUUGCAAAUAUUCAAGCACCACUUGGGUAUGAUAAGUUUGGUUACUCAUGGAGAUCUAGGAAAGGCACAGUGUUUCAUGAAAGUAGAGGAAAACAUUAUAGUAAUGGAUAUAGUGAGGGAGAUACAUUAGGUAUGAUGAUAUGUUUAUCCAAUGAUAAUUUACAACUACCACCAACUCAUAAGAAUUUGAUCCUAAUUAAAUUUAAAAGUCAUCUAUAUUAUGAAGAACAAUCUCAAGACAGUACAAGGGAUGCAUUGAAAAGCCUUAAACCUCUUGUUGGUAGCAAAAUAAUUUACUAUAAAAAUGGUGAAUGUUUAAAUGAAGCAGCUCUUGAUUUAUAUGAAGGAAAAUACUAUCCAACUGUAUCUUUGUACAAAAAUUGUACAGUAUCUGUUAACUUUGGGCCUGAUUUUAAGUAUCCACCACCACAAACUGAAAAUUUCACGUAUAAAGGAUUAUGGGAGAGAGCUGGUGAAGCGAUAUGUGAGCAAACAUUAGCCGACAUUGCUUAUCUUACUAUCAAUGAAGGAAAAUUAAAAUUGAGUGAUAUAUAAUACAAAAUAAUAUUUCUAUAAAUAUUAAAAAAUAAUUGCAUAAUUUGCCUAAGGUGUAUUUUUUUAUGUAUAAUUGUUAAAUAAUGUAUUUGUUAAAAAAAAUUGACUAAAAUACUAAAAUUUCUAUUCAUUUUUUAAUAAUCAAAAAUUUUUUUUAUUAAUUCAUAUUAAAGUUUAAACAAAGAUAAAUUAAAUCCUCAAUUUUAGAUUUUAACUAUUUCCUCUUUACUUAAAUUAUGAAAAAAAAGUGCAAUGAAUGAAAAAAAAUAAUAUACAUACAUUUAAAACUCAUUUUAACAUUUUAAAAUGAAAAACAUUUGAACUAUAAUUUAUAUAAAAACAAAAUAAACAAUUUUAUUUAAGACCUCAUUCUUGCGAUGACUACCAAUCAUAAAUAAUAAGUAUAUCUCUGUAUAUAGUAAAUAUUGUUUAAUUAUUAAUUUUUAUAAAAGUAGUAUAGAAAUAUACUAAAAUAAAUAUUUUAAAUCUAUAUGAUUCUUAACCAAUUUUUUUAAUUUUAUAAAUACUAAAAUUUUAGUUAAAAAUGUUGUUGGUUGUACUCAUGGGAUCAUAGUGGAAGGAAUAACACUAUUAGGUGUCCAAAAGUAUAACUAAUCAAAAUUUUGACUAGUAAAAAACAAAAUUUCUGCUAUUGAGGUUUCUUAAUUCAAAUUCGACAUUAAUUUUUGCGCACUACCUUUAAACAGAAUAUUUUUGUCAUCACCCAGUAAUUGUACAAACAUUUUUUUUUAUUAAUAUUCACUUUUAAUAGUACAAUUUUCUACUUUUGUCUAGUGAUAACUUAUAUUACAUCAAAUAAACAAUCAAUAAUUUAGGUAGAGAAGUUUAAGUUUAUAGGCAUAUUAGUAUAUCAAAUUAAAGUAUACAUAAAAAUGACUUUUAAGAGGUUCUAAAAGUAUUUUAUUAGGUGAAAUUAAAAAUUAAUUACUCAGUUACAUAAAGUCUAAAUCUUGUGUAUAUUUCAACUGAAAUUCUUAUAUUAAAGUAAAAACCUUCUAAAAUUAAAUUUGACUUGUCUAUUUUAAUAAAUGCUUAACAUUUUUUAGCUUUUAUCCAGCAUAUUUUUUUAAAAUUAAAGUACUGUAGAAAUUAUUUUUAUAAAUGUUAUAUAAAUGUAAUAAAAAGUUAAACUUAUUUAAAUUUUUUUGCCAAUGUCUAUUUUCUAUGUUGAGAAAAAAAAGACUGAAUAUUUGAACUACAUUUGCCCAAUUUAUCAUCCUGUAAAUUAUUGUACAAUUACCAAAAUUAGGGAGGAAAAUUACUCAUAAUAUUUUUCUCAAAAAUAUUUAUUUUGAUUUUAAACAUAUUAAAUCAUAUCCAAUUUUAAAAAAAAUUUUAAAAAUAAUUUUUAAUUUUUAAUUUGUAUGUUUUCCAAGAGCAUGAAAAAAGAUUGGGGUCUACAACUCCUACCUUAUCCUAACUAAAAAAAUUUAAUAUAAAAUUGUUUUUUUUUUUUACACACGUUUGCUAAAAAAGUUACGAAAUGUACAACUACUUUAUAUUUUUUAUGAUUUCUCUGUAAAAAUUAGAAUUCUAAAUUAUUAAAUAUCAGUUUUAUAAUAUAUUUGAUUACUAUAAUGGAUAUUUAUUUACAUAUCAUAGAACUACUAAUCAGGAUAUAGUUAAGAAAAUAGGACUUGCUUUUGUAAUAAUUAAACAAUUCUUAAAAUUAAACACUUAAUAGUGAUUUUAAUUGAAGCGUUUGUUAUGAUAGUGGUUUUAAUCACUGUUAGAUAUAAUCUAUACUUGUCCUAACUAUACCAUGUUCACACUAGUCUGUGACCCCUCUGUGCUACCAUUUUUUAAAUUUUAAAUGUUCACAACUUGGUGAAUCUUUAUAAGCAUAAAUGAAAUAAUUAAAGCAUUAAUUUAUCUAUAGAUAAAUUAAUUCUAAUUUUGUUACAUUUCAUUGUAAUGAUAUUUAUUAAAAUUAUGGCCAUUCACAUCAUUAAAAUUAAUCAAUUUUAUUAUUUGCGCUAUAUUUAUUAUCAUCUAGUACCUACUUAUAAAUAUUAGUAAUAAUUUUCACUUCUAAUGAUCGUAAAAUUUUUAACUUUUGGGCAGCUAGAACUAGUAUUCCUUUCACUGUGUGUCGCGAGUAAAAAUGUUAGUCUAUAAUGGAUUAAAAUGAAUAAUCUUUUAAGUCCUAAACAACUAACAUUGCUAACAUUUACUUUUUUGUUGCAAAUAAAGUUAUAGUAAGCUCUUUUCUUUAUAGAGGAGAAAACAAUUUCACACAUUUUUUUUUAAGUAUACAUAAAAUUGACCACCUAGACAAAUUUCAUUCAUACUACAACAAAUUCAAAUAUUUUAUAUGCAUAUAUAGAACAGACCUUAUUUUUAAAGAAUAAUAUCGAAUUAAAUAUAUAAAUUUUAUUUUAUUCUGAGUAAAUAUUUUUACAAAUAUCUAAAAAACUGAAAAAAAAAAAUUAAAUUUUUUAUAAAUUAAGAAAAUGACUAUAAUAUUAUAAUUUCCAUAACUGAACUAUGGAAUUUCCGAGACCAUCACCAUUAAAAAUAAGUUUCAAAAAUCCAGCAAGAGUUAGAAUUGCAGCUAAAGUAACUGCAACAUGUCCAACUUUAUUAGCUAAUUGGCCAACUACUGGUACUCUCAAGUAAUCUAUAACUAAGGCUUCUAACCCCC